AUGGGAAAGUACAACCUUGUUCAGAAGUUGGGGCAAGGAACUUUUGGGUGUGUUUGGAAGGCCAUAAAGAGGUCAACUCAGGAAGUGGUGGCUGUAAAGAAACUGAGAGAUAUAAUGCAUAAUGAUUGUAACAAGCAUUUGUUUAGGAAAGAAGCAGAGUGUUUGGGCUCCUUCAACCACCCAAACAUUCUGAAGCUGCAUGACACUUACAAGGAAGGUGGGCAUCUGCAUAUGGUGUUAGAACACAUGGAAACAGAUGUAUUCAACAUGAUUAACAGAAGACUGAGACCUUUUCCUGAAACAAAAGUAAGAAGGCUCUGUUAUCAGGUCUUAAAAGGCCUGUCAUACAUGCAUGGGCAGGGGUACUGCCACUGUGAUCUGAAGCCUGAAAAUUUGCUGUUUAGUAAGAACACUGUGAAAAUUGCAGACAUGGGUCAUGCAAUCAACAUGAGAGAGAGUAAAAAGAAGGGAGAGCCCCUUCAUCCAUAUGUUGUUUCAAGGCCCUACAGAGCCCCUGAACUCCUGCUUAAAUCCUCCUCCUAUGACUUUGCCAUUGAUAUGUGGUCUGUGGGAGUCAUUAUGGCUCAGCUAUACAGUGUUCAUCCAAUCUUUUCAGAUUCUUCUGAUCCACAAGAACAACUUUACAACAUAUGCUCUGUUAUAGGAUGCCCAACUCGGGAUACCUGGCCUCAAGGGCUAAAACUAGCAGAUUCAAUGGGUUACAAGUUCCCAAAGGAAUUUGAAGGCAUUGAUUGUCAUCGUAAUCUGCAGAAGUUGAUGCCCAAUGCGAGUGAGGAUGCCAUCGAUCUGGUUAAACGUUUGUGCUCGUGGGAUCCUAAAGACAGACCCACUGCAGAUGAAGCACUGAAUCAUCCUUUUUUCAACGUUUUUAGCAUACAUCCAAAUACAAAAUGUUUUGUGGGCCUGAAGAAUGACAAGAGUCUGCAGAGUUUGGCAUCUGACGGCUUGAGAAGUUGUCAGAGUGGGAAGAAUGGCCAGAGUCGGCAGAGUUUGGCAUCUGAUGGCUUGAGAAGUUUUCAGAGUGGGAAGAAUGGCAAGAGUCGGCAGAGUUUGGCAUCUGAUGGCAAGAGUCGGCAGAGUUUGGCAUCUGAUGGCAAGAGAAGUUGUCAGAAUGGGAAGAAUGGCCAGAGUCGGCAGAGUUUGGCAUCUGAUGGCUUGAGAAGUUUUCAGAGUGGGAAGAAUGGCAAGAGUCGGCAGAGUUUGGCAUCUGAUGUCUUGAGAUGUUGUCAGAGUGGGAGGCAACAACAGCUCAAAGGGAAAGAUUUUGGUAGCAUUUUAACAGAUUGCAGUCGACCUGUUUGGAGGCCAUGA